GGCGGCGGAUGCCUCGUAUUUGCUCUCCUCUCCGCAUCAUCAUCACAAUCUCACUGAUAGCGGUUAUCCUCAUCUUCUCCUACUCAGAUUCCACUACCUGGGACCACUCUCUCAACUCCCUCAAAACAAUACACCAACCCGUCAUCAGACUCCUUGACUACAACGAGUACGUUAAACACGAACAACAACUCUCCUCCGACUUUGUAGUGGAGACAGAUGCUCUGCUGGAUCACGUUCACACUCAGUGCGAGAAGUAUGGGUACUCAACUAACUAUGCCACCAAGAGGAAGUACAUGCCUGAUGCGUAUACUAUAGCUAUCCCUGAGUACAACAUGCUGUAUGUGAGCAACCCUAAAACAGGGUCCACUUCUUUCAAGAAGUUUGUGUUACGGUUACAAGGAGAUGAAACCCCCUACGAUGAGAUGCUACACGUACACAGGAACCCCAGAGCAAAGUUCCAGGAUAUCCCGCUCGUGGACGACGUGACGUACAAGAACAUCACUGCUAAGAUGUACGUGGUGGGGUUCGUGAGGAACCCCAUAACCCGGCUCAUAUCUGGGUUUAGAAACAAGGUGCUGCGGACGGAGGGAGGCGGGUACAACAAGAAGAUAUACCAGAGAGUACCUGCAGAUGCUAGUGAUGCGGACAGGUUUAAGGUGUUUGUGGAUAUGCUUAUUCGCGGUGUGGUAAAUGAUCACCACUUCACCCCUCAGUGGAAGAAGAUGCACGUGUGCACUUUUCCGUAUAAUCUGUUGGGUCAGACGGAGACAACUAAAGACAAUAUCGAGACUAUGAUGAGAGAUACUGGGAUCAGAGGGGUGGAGUUCCCAGGAUCUAGAAGUGAAACAGGUGCAGAUUCACGAUCUACUCUAGAUGAAGUGGAGGAGUUCAUCGCCCCCUUAUCAUCUGAAGAAAUAGCCAAGAUAAACGAGUUUUAUAAGAUGGACUUUGCAAUACUUGGCUAUGCCAAAAUGGACAAUCCUAAGUUCCCUUACAUUGACUUGGAGCAGACGUUUUGAGUUUCUGAAUUGUGUGGUUAUAGUAACAUCGAACGUUUGCUGGGGUUUAUUUGAACUGAUGUACUGAACAAUUUACAUAAUGAUACUAAUUUACGAUGUGUUUUUAUAAUUUAUAUUGCUUUACUUUUAACAUUAUUAUGAAGGUAUUUGUCCAUAAAAAUCGUAUCAUAAAUGGCUUUAAGUAUGGCUUAUAUCAUGGAUUCUAAUAUUCAUGCAAUAAGUGUACAUUAAUUAAUUAGUUAAUUAUAUGCCUAACCAAUUACAGGCCGGAGGUAAUGACUCCUUUCGGUUUUUAGCCAUUGUUAACUAUGAGAAAACCAUACUUUUGUUAUGAAUUUACAUAAACUCAUAAAAUAUGAUACAUCAUGGCACACUAGCAUUGAUCUGGAAUGCACGCCCGGCAGUGUAACUUCUAUUUCAUGAGAUGCGUGGGAGAAACAAACGAAAAGGAUAUUUAAUAUUGAUAUUUAGCGAAUGUUUCGGUUUGGCCUUAACAUUGUCUCUUGCCUAUCUUGCCCUUAUUUUGUGUUACGACCAUGAAUUAUAAUUAUAUUCAAAGUCCAUCAGCGUAUCCAAACUCCAUCCUAGUAUGUAGGAUUUAGGCUCUCUCUGCUAAUGAUCGAAAUGCAUUGUUCGUGUUUCCUUGUUUGGACUAAAAUUGUGCUCAUCUUACAUCUUGUAAGCCUUAUUUCUGAUAAUGACUUUGAUGCGAAAUUGUCAUGUUGUAUUUGGAAACCAAAUAUUGUACUUGGGUUGGCAUUCUGAUAAUUUGAUGACCAGUUAUGCAGAUAUAUCUCCUUUAAAAAUGCCGACAGUGCAGUUUCAUUUGCUCGAAAGUUAGCACUCUAUCAUUUAUUGAAAUUCGCGAGCAAUUCCACUUGUUUUGUAAGUCGCGCUGAUUUUGAUUAUUUCAUUUCCACUCAAAACGCUCAAUGUUCGUCCAAGACACAAAACAGGUUCAAAAAACGAACAUGUGGAAUUUCAUUACGUUUUCAUCGCGUAUAUGCGGUAGUGCUGUAUUUUUAAUCAUAUAUUGGCCGAAAUGGUUAUAACACAAAAUCGUCAUUAUGUAAACGUAUUCUGCCAAAAAAUUUUUUAAAAAAAUGUUUUUUUUCAACACAGUCUUCUGUACUAUAGACUCAUCUACUAAUCAUUUAUUAUAAAAUAGUUUGUAUACUAGUAGUCUUGUAUUAUAUUUACAAUGAUAUAUUAUACCAUAGUGCUUGUAUAUAUAUACAACUUUAUAAAAUAGUCUCUAAAUGUUAUUAACAAGUUUAUCUCGUUUCACAAUAUUUUUAUACGAUCAAUCUUCAAUGCUGUUUUGAAAUGGGGCCGUUCACAUAUUACGUAAUCAAUUUUUGGCAAAUUUUUAACCCCCCUGGCCCUCCCAGCCUCCGUUAUCAGUUUUAGACAUAGCUGUUGUGUCGAAAUUACACAAGCGUAAUAAUUUGGAGACCCCAUCCCCCUCGUCUGAUUACGUAAUAUGUGAACGGACCCAAUGUUUAAAGAAUACACGAUUUCUAAGUAAUUGACUCUGCAUUGUAAAUUCAGUCAAGAUUUUGUUUUUUGUUUCAUACUUA